AUGGUAACCAAAUCGUAUUAUUUUCCGACUGUACCAUCUGCUGCCCUGCCUGUCCGCCAGGCAAUAGCAGGGCUGAGGCGGCAGCUGCUGGGGACACUUGGCGAGCUGGGAUUGGUGGACGUGCAGCAAGGCAUGGAUGAGGCCAACAGCAGGAGCAACGACCCCGAGUUCGUGCGAGCGGCGCUGCUGGCUGGUCUUAUGAGUGAGGCCAACAGCAGGAGCAACGACCCCGAGUUCGUUCGAGCGGCGCAGCUGGCUGGACUGGCAUCGGCAGUGAAACGGACGCGCAGCACAACGUACAAGACGGAGGAGGAUGGGGAGGUGAACAUCCACCAGGUGCGUAUUAAUGUGGUGAAUGGAGAAGAGGGGGGGACAACGAAGGGGGAAGGAGGGGAAGGGGAGGUGUUGGGGGGACAACGAAGGGGGAAGGAGGGAAGGGGAGGUGUUGUGAGCAGCACAACGUACAAGACGGAGGAGGAUGGGGAGGUGAACAUCCACCAGGUGCGUAUUAAUGUGGUGAAUGGAGAAAGGGGGGGACAACGAAGGGGGAAGGAGGGGAAGGGGAGGUGUUGUGAGCAGCACAAUAACGUACAAGACGAGGAGGAUGGGGAGGUGAACAUCCACCAGGUGCGUAUUAAUGUGGUGAUGGAGAAGAGGGGGGACAACGAAGGGGAAGGAGGGGAAGGGGAGGUUGUUGGAGCAGCACAACGUACAAGACGGAGGAGGAUGGGGAGUGUGGCGUGGUGUGGCGUGGUGUGGCAUGGAAUGGUGUGGCAUGGGAUGGUGUGGCAUGGGAUGGUGUGGCAUGGGAUGGUGUGCAUGGGAUGGUGUGGCAUGGGAUGGUGUGGCAUGGGAUGGUGUGGCAUGGGAUGGUGUGGCAUGGGAUGCCGUGGUGUGGCAUGGGAUGGUGUGGCAUGGGAUGGUGUGGCAUGGGAUGGUGUGGCAUGGGAUGGUGUGGCAUGGGAUGGUGUGACAUGGGAUGGUGUGGCAUGGGAUGGUGUUGCACGGCUUGAUCAAGACGAAUUCGUCUUUAUCCGCGAUUCUACCGGUGUGUCCGAUGCGGGGCUGCUGCUGUUCGAGGCCGCUCAUCCCAUGACCCGUAUCAAGACAACUUCAGUCUUUAUCCGCGAUUCUACUGGUGUCUCUGAUGCGGGACUGUUGCUGUUUGGAGGGCCGCUCACCCCCACCACCGACCCUGGGUAUCUUCACAUGCUGGAUGGCUACUUUGAGUUCUUCAUGCCGCCCGCCGCCGCCCGCUCCGUGCUCGCCUUGCGGUCUGAACUUGACGCGCUGAUUCAACGCAAGCUGGGGAACCCUCGCCUUCCCUUAACAGCAGAAGACGAGGCCAUUCUGGGAGCCGUCUCGGACCUUCCCCAGUGCGAGCAGUCACAAGGCACCUUCACCAUCGGCCUCCAGCCAAAUCAUCAGUCGUGCUUUUUCUUUCUUCGCUUUUCCCUUUUCACCACCCCAACGCAGCUGGAGAACCCUCGCCUCCCCUUAACGCCAGAAGAUGAAGCUAUUCUGGGAGCUGUUUCUGACCUGCUGCAGUGCGAGCAGUCACAAGGCACCUUCACCAUCGGCCUGCAGCCAAAGCUCGCCCCUCCCAAGCCAGCCAAACCCGUGCGGGCGAAAGCAGUGGACAUGAAACUGGAAGUGGGGAAGGAUUUCAAGUCGUACGUUCACAACAACUGCAAGAUCCAUUUCCUGGGCAAACCUCGGUACUACACGGAUCAGAUCGGGACGAAAAAGGAGAAGGUGUAUCAAUGCACGAUGCGGCUUGGCGGGGCUGCGGCAGGGAUUGAUUUUGUCGGCGAGCCUGCUUCUACGAAGAAAGUUGCCGAGUGGAACGCGGCUGUGGAGGCGUGGCAGUGGAUUCUGGAGUAUAAGAAGGUGGAGAGGAAGGAGAAGGAGAAGAAGGAGGAGGUGAAGAAGGCUGGGAGGAAGGAGAGAAAGGAAAUUAGGAAGGCGAAUCAUAAGAUGGAGGAGAGGUGGGAGUUUUGGAGGAAGAAGUAUGAAGAGGAGGAGGCAGCUGCUAGAGCUGCAAAACGGAAGGAGAAGGGAGGAGGGAGUGGGGGGGGUGAGCAGAAGGAGGGGGAAAGUGAGGGGAAGGGGAAGCAGGAGCUUCUUCCGUUGAGUCAAGCAACCAAGGGAGCUAGGAGGGUGGCAGUGAAACGGAGAGGGAAGAAAAGAGCAGGAGGAGCAGAGGAGGGGGUUGAUGCAGCAGGGGUAGCAGGAGAGGGAGUGGUGGAUGGGGAUGGUGCAAAUGAGUGGGCUGAUAUGGCCAGUGGAGGGGAUGAGGAGGAGAGGGGAGGGAAACGUAAGAAGAAAAGCAAAGGUAAGGGAAAAAACACGUUAGAGGUUGUGCUUUCUGGCGAUGAUGAUGUUUCCGAAAUGUCUCAAAACAGGAAGGGCAAGGUGAAGGGUAAAAGCACCUUGGAGGUGGUACUUCCUAGUGAUGAUGAUGGUAUGCAAGGAAGGGUAGGGCAGAAACGAGGUAGGAAGCGGGCUGCGGAGUAG